AUGUCAAGUAUUGAUCUUGAAGCUGCAAUACUGCGUAGUUCAUCAUUUUUAAAGCCAAAUCCUUACGUGGAAUUUUCCGUGGACGACAAAAGUCCUCGAAAAACAGAAGUAUCUAAAGCAACUUAUCAGCCAAAAUGGAACGAAGAGUUUACAAUUCUCGUGACACCAUACUCUCAGUUACACUUUCGUUUAUUAGAUCACAGUACGUUUCGCAAGGACACGAUGAUUGGCGAGAAACGCAUAAGUCUGUUUCAAAUUUUAUCGCAUUACAGCGGUAAGCUUGAAAACUUAGAGUUGACCCUAGAUUUAAUAAACGAGAGUAAACACGAUUCGCAGUUAGCCAAAGUCGGUGAAUUAGUAACACUGUUCGAUGGUUUAAAAAUUGAUAUGUCCACCGUAACACCACCAGCAGUAAUAGAGCAAAUGCGUCAACCAGGUUGUACAUCGUCAAUCGGUUCGCACCCAUUAGCAGCUGCGAAUUCUGCCGAUCCGGCAAAUAACCGCAGUAUAUUAAAUGGAGGUAUCCGGGCGUUGAUGCGUGGCCAGGGGACUGAAAACACAGCACCCACGCAACACCGCAGCCCGUAUUUAGUUUACGAACCUAGCGAUUUUGGGCAAUCCGUUAUGGUGAAUACCAACGGAACGUCACGUAACGUAAUGGGAAACGCAGUUUUGUCUGCAAGGUUGCCGCCGCUCGCCGAAAGUGCAUCUUCAGCACCCAGAACAGUAGUCGGAUCUAUCCGGACUUCUGGUGAGUCCAGUAACGGAUCGUCAAGAUCAAACGUCGCUGGAUCACGCUUACCUAAAUAUGCUUGUGAUAUCCACACCGUAGGAUUAGCUGGAGCUCAAUCUGAUGAAAAUUCAGCUCCUUCAUCUCGUUUAUCAAUUGAGAAUUCUCGAGAUGACGCAAUUGACCGUCACAGUGAAGUAACGUCACGUGAUAAUCCUACUUCAUCAUUCCCGAUGUUAGAAAAUAACCGCGAUGACAAUAAUUCAACGGUAACGAUAACCAGCGGAGGAGGAGGAGGAGUCACUGGAAUUAAUACAGCAUCUGGAUUGAGAUUACUCGCGGAACGACGUAACGAAAAUUCUCAGGCUAUUACGUCAAUGAUGGUACCAGAUGUGUCUCGGCAGCGGUAUGAUAAUGCACCAAUAACGGUGCUUAUGCCAAAUGAUCCGAUAACUCAGCCGGCUCCAGCUGAAGCUGCUGCGCAACCUAUCGCUGAGGUUGAACCAGCCGAGGAACCUUUACCUCCUGGGUGGGACAUGCGCUAUGAUGUCUACGGACGAAGAUAUUACGUCGAUCAUAAUACACGCAGCACUUCCUGGGAGAGACCGCAACCGUUACCACCUGGUUGGGAAGUCCGUCGUGAUCCGCGUGGUAGGAUUUACUAUGUUGAUCAUAACACGCGUAGCACCACUUGGCAGAGACCUAAUACAGAGCGACUUCAACAUUUCCAACAGUGGCAGGGUGAGAGGCAGUUUGUUGUUCAGCAGGGUAACCAGAGGUUUCUCUACCCACAGGCUGGUGGACAGCCUGUUGUCGCCGGUCCAUCGACAAGUGUUGCCACCGAUGAAGACGACGCACUUGGACCUUUACCGGCUGGGUGGGAGCGCAGAAAACAGCCAGAAGGACGAGUUUAUUAUGUUAAUCAUAAAAAUAGAACGACGCAAUGGGAGGACCCUAGAACUCAGGGACAAGAAACAGGUAUCGAUGAACCCCCUCUGCCUGAUGGCUGGGAAAUACGGCUUACUGAAGACGGUGUUAGAUACUUUGUUGAUCAUAAUACACGUACUACUACAUUCCAAGAUCCUAGACCAGGAGCUCCUAAAGGACCAAAAGGUAUUUAUCGCGUACCAAGAGCAUAUGAACGUUCCUUCCGUUGGAAGUUGUCGCAAUUUAGAUUCUUGUGUCAAACAAAUGCAUUACCUAAUCAUAUAAAAAUUAGCGUAAGCAGGCAAACGCUUUUUGAAGAUUCUUACCAUCAAAUAAUGAAUGCUGAGGCUUUUGCAUUGAGACGAAGGUUAUAUAUUAUAUUUAAAGGUGAAGAAGGACUUGAUUAUGGUGGAGUUUCAAGAGAGUGGUUUUUCUUAUUGAGCCAUGAAGUUUUAAAUCCAAUGUACUGUCUUUUUGAGUAUGCCAAUAAGAGUAAUUAUAGUUUACAAAUAAAUCCAGCGUCUUAUGUCAAUCCAGAUCAUCUGCAAUAUUUCAAAUUCAUCGGUAGAUUUAUUGCAAUGGCUUUAUACCAUGGACGAUUUAUUUAUAGUGGAUUUACGAUGCCUUUUUACAAACGGAUGUUAAAUAAAAAAUUGAUAAUGAAAGAUAUUGAGUCUAUUGAUCCAGAAUUUUACAAGUCACUUAUCUGGAUAAAGGAGAAUAAUAUUGACGAGUGUGGUUUAGAAUUGUAUUAUAGCGUAGAUUUUGAGAUACUUGGUCAAGUUAUUCAUCAUGAGUUAAAAGAGAACGGCGAUAAAAUCCGAGUCGUUGAAGAGAACAAAGAAGAAUAUAUGAGAUUAAUGACAGAGUGGAGGAUGACCAGAGGCAUCGAAGAACAAACAAAAGCCUUUUUGGAAGGUUUUAAUUCGGUUGUACCAUUGGAAUGGCUCAAGUAUUUUGAUGAGCGUGAACUUGAACUGAUGCUAUGUGGUAUGCAGGAAAUAGACGUUGAUGAUUGGCAACGUAAUUCAAUCUACCGACAUUACACGAGGAAUAGUAAACAAGUAUUGUGGUUCUGGCAGUUUGUACGGACGACAGACAAUGAAAAGAGAGCGAGAUUACUGCAAUUUGUUACGGGAACUUGCCGCGUACCUGUUGGUGGUUUUGCAGAAUUAAUGGGAAGUAAUGGACCUCAGCGAUUUUGUAUUGAAAAAGUUGGCAAGGAUACUUGGUUACCAAGAUCACAUACUUGUUUUAACCGAUUGGAUUUACCACCGUAUAAAAGUUACGAUCAAAUGGUGGAAAAAUUGAAUUAUGCUAUCGAAGAAACUGAAGGCUUCGAAAAUAACUACGAUGACAAUAAUUCAUCGGUAACGAUAACCAGCGGAGGAGGAGGAGGAGGAGUCACUGGAAUUAAUACAGCAUCUGGAUUGAGAUUACUCGCGGAACGACGUAACGAAAAUUCUCAAGCUAUUACGUCAAUGAUGGAACCAGAUGUGUCUCGACAGCAGUAUGAUAAUGCACCAAUAACGGUGCUUAUGCCAAAUGAUCCGAUAACUCAGCCGGCUCCAGCUGAAGCUGCUGCGCAAUCUAUCUCUGAGGUUGAACCAGCCGAGGAACCUUUACCUAAUGGGUGGGAAAUGCGCUAUCAUGUCAACGGACGAAGGUAUUACGUCGAUCAUAAUACAAGCAGCAUUUCCUGGAAGAGACCGCAACCGUUACCACCUGGUUGGGAAGUCCGUCGUGAUCCACGUGGUAGGAUUUACUAUGUUGAUCUUAACACGCGUAGAACCACCUGGCAGAGACCUAAUACAGAGCGACUUCAACAUUUCCAACAGUGGCAGGGUGAGAGGCAGUCUGUUGUUCAGCAAGGUAACCAGAGGUUUCUCCACCCACAGGCUGAUGGACAGCCUGUUGUUGCCGGUCCGUCGACAAGUGUUGCCACCGACGAUGACGACGCACUUGGACCUUUACCGGCUGGGUGGGAGCGUAGAAAACAGCCAAAAGGACGAGUUUAUUAUGUUAAUCACAAUAAUAGCAAGUUGCAAUGGGAGGACCCUAGAACUCAGGGACGAGAAACAGGUAUCGUUGAAGCCCCUCUGCCUAAUGGCUGGGAAAUGCGGCUUACUGUAAAUGGUGUUAAAUACUUUAUUGAUUAUAAUACACGUACUACUACAUUCCAAGAUCCUAGACCGGGAGCUUCUAAAGAGCCAAAAAGUAUUUAUGAAAAAUUGUCGCAAUUUAGAUCAUUGUGCCGAACAAAUGCAUUACCUCAUUAUUUAAAAAUUACCGUAAGCAGGCAAACGCUUUUUGAAGAUUCUUACCAACGAAUAAUGAAUGUUGAAAGUUGUACAUUGAGACGAAAGUUGUCUAUUAUAUUCGAAGGUGAAGAGGGACUUGAUUAUGGUGGAGUUUCAAGAGAGUGGUUUUUCUUAUUGAGCCAUGAAGUUUUAAAUCCAAUGUACUGUCUUUUUGAGUAUGCCAAUAAGAGUAAUUAUAGUUUACAAAUAAAUCCAGCGUCUUAUGUCAAUCCGGAUCAUCUAAAAUAUUUCAACUUCAUCGGUAGAUUUAUUGCAAUGGCUUUAUUCCAUGGACGGUUUAUUUAUAGUGGAUUUACGAUGCCUUUUUACAAACGGAUGUUAAAUAAAAAAUUAAUAAUGAAAGAUAUUGAGUCUAUUGAUCCAGAAUUUUACACGUCACUUAUCUGGAUAAAGGAGAAUAAUAUUGACGAGUGUGGUUUAGAAUUGUAUUAUAGCGUAGAUUUUGAGAUACUUGGUCAAAUUAUUCAUCAUGAAUUAAAAGAGAACGGCGAUAAAAUCCGAGUCGUUGAAAAGAACAAAGAAGAAUAUAUGAGAUUAAUGACAGAGUGGAGAAUGACCAGAGGCAUCGAAAAACAAACAAAAGCCUUUUUGGAAGGUUUUGAUUCGGUUGUACCAUUGAAAUGGCUCAAGUAUUUUGACGAACGUGAACUUGAACUGAUGCUUUGUGGCAUGCAGAAAAUAGACGUUGAUGAUUGGCAACGUAAUUCAAUCUACCGACAUUACACAAGGAGUAGUAAACAAGUAUUGUGGUUCUGGCAGUUUGUACGGAUGACAGACAAUGAAAAGAGAGCGAGAUUACUGCAAUUUGUUACGGGAACUUGCCGCGUACCUGUUGGUGGUUUUGCAGAAUUAAUGGGUAACCGAUUCUGUAUUGAAAAAGUUGGCAAGGAUACUUGGUUACCAAGAUCACAUACUUGUUUUAACCGGUUGGAUUUACCACCGUAUAAAAGUUACGAUCAAAUGGUGGAAAAAUUGAAUUAUGCUAUCGAAGGAACUGAAGGCUUCAGUCAAAAAUAG